UCUUCUUUAAUUUCGAAACCGGAAAGUCAUCACCUGCAAUCUGUAAACCAAAAUGGAUGAAGAAUACGACGUCGUGGUGCUUGGGACAGGUCUCAAAGAAUGCAUUCUCAGUGGUCUGCUCUCAGUUGAUGGACUCAAAGUUCUGCAUAUGGAUAGGAAUGACUAUUACGGAGGAGAAUCCACUUCUCUCAAUCUCAACCAGCUUUGGAAACGGUUUAGGGGGGAAGACAAGCCUCCUGAACCAUUGGGUUCAAGCAGAGACUACAAUGUCGAUAUGAUUCCCAAGUUCAUGAUGGCAAAUGGUGGCUUGGUUCGCAUUCUCAUACACACUGAUGUUACUAAAUAUCUGAAUUUUAAGGCUGUUGAUGGUAGCUUUGUUUACAACAAGGGGAAGAUUCACAAAGUACCCGCUAAUGAUGUGGAAGCACUUAAAUCCCCCCUUAUGGGUUUGUUUGAGAAACGUCGUGCUAGAAAAUUUUUCAUCUAUGUGCAAGAUUAUGACGAGAAUGAUCCAAAAUCUCAUGAAGGGCUGGAUCUCAAUACAGUAAAAGCCAGAGAUCUUAUUUCGAAAUAUGGGUUGGAUGACAAUACCGUGGACUUCAUUGGACAUGCAUUAGCACUCCAUUUAGAUGAUAGUUACUUGGAAAAGCCAGCUAUGGAUUUUGUCAAGAGGAUGAAGUUAUAUGCAGAGUCUUUAGCACGUUUUCAAGGAGGAUCUCCUUAUAUUUAUCCUCUCUACGGGUUGGGAGAGCUACCCCAGGCAUUUGCUCGUUUGAGUGCUGUUUAUGGUGGAACCUACAUGCUUAACAAGCCAGAAUGCAAGGUGGAGUUUGAUGAAAAUGGAAAGGCGUUUGGUGUAACAUCAGAAGGAGAAACUGCAAAGUGCAAGAAAGUUGUGUGUGAUCCUUCUUACUUACCUGACAAGGUAAAGAAGAUUGGGAAAGUUGCUCGUGCCAUAUGUAUUAUGAGUCAUCCGAUUCCAAACACAAAUGACUCUCACUCGGUCCAGGUCAUCUUGCCCCAGAAACAACUUGGACGUAAAUCAGAUAUGUACCUGUUUUGCUGCUCGUAUGCUCACAAUGUUGCUGCAAAAGGCAAAUAUAUUGCUUUUGUCACAACAGAAGCAGAAACUGAUAAUCCUGAGGUGGAAUUGAAGCCUGGGAUAGAUCUCCUUGGACCUAUAGAUGAAAUAUUCUUUGACGCAUAUGACAGAUAUGAACCUACGAAUCUGGACAGUAAUGACAACUGUUUCAUAUCCACGAGUUAUGAUGCAACAACACAUUUUGAAACCACGGUAAAAGAUGUGAUCGCCAUUUACAGCCGAUAACUGGAAAGACACUCGAUCUCUCUGUGGAUUUGAGCGCGGCCAGUGCAGCUGCUGGAGAAUGAGAUUUUUUGGGUUUCAGAAGGUAAAACAAUUGACGAACUUCUUCAAGAACUCAUCGUGCCAUGUUAUGGUUUUUCUUUUGCCAAAAGUUUGAUUUUCUCAUUUCUGGACGGAUUUUUAUUUUCACAGCCGAAAAUACAUGGCUUCCCCAUAUAAUGUGUCUAAACUUCACUUCACUUUGUUAGUUGUUUCUCUUUUAUUUUUACUUCA